AUGGAGGAGUUGCAAGCCAUUCAACACAUCCUAUCGCUAUAUGAAGGGGCAUCCGGUCAACAAAUAAAUCGGGAGAAGACAACCCUUUUCUUUAGCAAAGCAGUGCCUGAAGAAACGAAGAGAGACAUUAUAAGUUUCCUAGGAAUUCCAGAAAUCAAGGAAUAUGAAAAAUACCUUGGUUUGCCCACUGUAGUUGGUAGAAAUAAAAGGACAAGUCUCGCUUAUAUCAAAGAAAGGGUGUGGGCAAAGCUUCAAGGUUGGAAGGAAAAGCUCCUAUCUCAAGUGGGGAGAGAGAUCUUGCUCAAGGCGGUGGUGCAAGCUAUCCCCACAUUUGCAAUGAGUUGUUUCAAGUUGCCGAUAUGGAGACUACAAACAAAUAGAAAUUCACUUCUGUUUAAGGUUUUCAGCACAAAAUACUUUCCCACGGGUUCGGUAUUGGAGGCAAAAAGCAAGAAAGGCUCCUAUGCUUGGCAAAGUAUCCUUAAAGCAAGGCAUGUCAUUGAGAAGGGGAUGUUAUGGAGGGUUGGUGAUGGAUCACAGAUUAGGGUGUUCGAGGAUAGCUGGAUUCCGGGCUACCUUCCAACCAAAGCAGUACCACGCACGCUAGAAUGUAAGGAUGACUCCACGGUUAGCUCACUAAUAGACCUGACAACAAUGGAAUGGAAUGGCUAG